CAAGUAGGCAUGGCACCAUAUCGGCUCAGCCCCACAGAUGUAGCCAACAUGAAGAAGCAGAUCGAGUAUCUCCUUGCAAAAGGACUCAUCCAACCAUCCACUUCACCACACGGUGCCCCAGUACUCUUCACACCGAAACCGGACGGAAGCCUACGCAUGUGCAUCAACAAGCAGACCAUCAAGAACAAGUACCCGAUUCCACGAAUCGAUGAUCUGCUUGACCAGCUUCGGGGAGCCACGGUAUUUUCAAAACUAGAUCUGCGGUCCGGAUACUGGCAGAUAAGAAUGGCGGACAAUUCCGUUCACAAAACUGCCUUCCGAACUCGGUACGGAUCGUACGAGUAUCUGGUAAUGCCGUUCGGACUCACCAACGCACCUGCAACGUUCCAAGCAGAGAUGAAUCACAUCCUACGCCCACUCUUGGAUGAAUGCGUGGUGGUGUACUUGGACAACAUCCUCGUCUACUCGCGUGACAUGCAACAACACGUCGAGCACCUGCGACGCGUCUUCGAGAUUCUUCGAGGAGAACGCUUCAACGUCAAACUAUCCAAGAGCGACUUCGCCCUCGAGAAAGUACAAUUCCUCGGACAUAUCGUAAGCGCUCAAGGAGUUCACGUCGACCCCAAGAAAAUCGAAGCCGUUCGUACGUGAAAAACACCCGAGAACGUGAAGGAGUUA